AUGGCAAAAAUACUAGUGGCAAUGAGUCUGACAACAAGGCAAAACAAUUAACAAAUCACACAGUUAAGUCGGUCAAAUAUUUAAUACCCGAUUUCCAAAGUAAAUGGGACUCAACUUGACACUCAGCUUUGUACAAACACCUGCCUGUAGAUGGCUGUAGUGCGCAAACCUGGGUGCCAUGCUUCGUUAAACACGAAGAAGAAGAUGAUGAUGAAGGCCGUUUAGUUGAUCAAGAUGGCGGCAUUCGGCGCAGAUCGGUGGCUGAAUGAUUUACCAAAUCACACUAUUUUCAAGAAGGUACGAGAGAGGCUGGACUCAGAGUCCGGGACAAAUGAAAAAGGAACCGCAAAAAAUCUCACGUUUUGUCUGGGUGGAGACUUUUUCCUUUGGGACGACGCUGAAGGCGUGUUUUACACCACCAACCUACGGCAGUUGAACUCCGCUGAGCCUGAAAGCAGCGGGAAGUACCAGACAUUACAGUGCAUCAACCCCCCUCUGUUCCAGGUCUGCCAGGUGCUACUAAGCCCCACACAGCACCAUGUCGCGCUGGUCGGGUUGAGGGGGGUUUCGGUUCUGGAGCUCCCUCAGCGGUGGGGAAAGAGGUCUGAGUUCGAGGGGGGACGGGACACGAUAAACUGCAAGACCACCCCGGUGGCGGAGCGCUUCUUCACCAGCUCACCGUCGGUGAACCUGCGACAGGCGGCUUGGUACCCGAGCGAGACUGACGAGCCCCAUCUGGUAAUGCUCUCAUCCGACAACACCAUUAGAUUUUACGGGCUGAGGUCGCCUCAGACCCCCGCCAAAGUGCUGCCCGUGUCGCAGUCGGAGGAUGAAACCAGCCUCCACCCACCGGUGCGUUCUUACGCAGCGUCUCUGGGAGAAAUAGCUGUUGCCUUUGAUUUUGGGUCGGUUUCUUCCCCCCAUCGGCAUCUGGCAGCACAGGGCUCCAAAGACCGGCCCGUUUAUCCUCUCUACAUCCUCUAUGAAAACGGGGAAACCUACGUGAGCUACACCAGCCAGACAAACGGCCUUUGCGUGAGUAAACCAUUCGGACCCCUCCCCAUGUAUCCUGCUGCGGAGGAUAACUACGGCUACGACGCUUGCGCCAUUCUGUGCCUACCGUGCAUCCCUAGCAUCCUGGUGAUCGCGACAGAGACGGGGACGCUGUAUCACUGCGUAGUGCUGGAGUCUGAGGAGGAGGAGGAGGCUGGAGCGAUGGAGAAGUGGAUCAGAGGCUCAAAGGCAGUCCCAUCUCUCUAUGUGUUUGAAUGCAUUGAGCUGGAACUCACACUCAAAGUGGCAACAGAAGAAGACGAGCCUCAGGAGUUUGAUUUCACUUGUCCCAUCAGGCUGCACAGAGACCCCCUGUGUCAGCAGAGGUACCACUGCACCCAUGAGGCAGGAGUGCACAGUGUGGGGCUCAUAUGGCUCAACAAGCUGCAGAAGUUUCUCCAGUCCAAUGAGGAGGACAAGGACAAUCUGCAGGAACUGGCUGCUGAGAAGCGCUGCAUUGUGGAGCACAUUCUCUGCACCAGACCUCUGCUUAGCAGCCAGUCGGCUCCAGUUCAUGGCUUCUUAAUCAUGUCUGACCUUUCUCUGGGAGCCACCAUGAUCUGCAUCACAGCCAGCUACGAGUGCAUCAUGUUGCCACUGCUGAGCUCCAUUCGCCCUCCCUCUCCUCCACUGCUUUGUUCCCAUCCAGGUCCCGGCUCUGCCAGCUCACCUCUCCGUGGCCUGGCCAAUGAUUCCUUCGAGCAGCACAUCCGCAGCAUCCUGGCACGAAGCUCCACCAAUCCCAUUGUGCUCAAGGCUGGCGACAAAGAGGCUUCCCCGCCACCGGCCGAGUGCCUGCAGCUCCUCAGUAGAGCCACACAGGUGUUCCGUGAGGAAUACGUUAUGAAGCAGGAUAUGGCCCGCGAAGAGAUGCAGAGGAGGGUGAAACUCCUGACGGGUCAGAAGAGCAAGCAGGUGGAGGAGCUGGCUCUGUGCAGGGAGGAGAAGAAGAGUUUGACAGAAGCGGCAGAGAGGUUGGCAGACAAGUACGAAGAUGCCAAGUAUCGGCAGGAGGCUCUCAUGAACAGGGUGAAAAAAGUGCUGUCCAGCCUUCGGAGCCAACUGCCCAUUCUGUCCAACAGCGAGAAGGACAUGAAGAAGGAGCUGCAGAGCAUCAACGAUCAGCUUAAACACCUGGACAACUGCAUCAGGCAGGUGAACAUGAAGAUGGAGUACCAGAAGAAGCAAGUGGACAAGGACAUGUCUUCCUCCAGGACGACGGUCCCGCUCAACGCUCAGCAGAAGAAGGUGGUCCAAGAUGUCCUUAGAGAGCAGGGACAACAGAUCGGAGACAUGAUGAAGCAGAUCAAAGACAUUAAAAAUCACUUCAGUUUCUAAACUCUGCAGAAGGUCCCAACAUGUUUAAUUUUUUUGUCUUCAGCCACUUAACAAAUUUGCCUUUUUGUCAUUUAUUGAAAAGUUGUUUAAGCGAAUUCACCAGAAAAUUCUAACCGUAUGUGUGCCAUCGUUGUUCAUUCCAAUCAAUGUGGAAGUGCAGAAAAAGAUCUGUAAAUAGAUUAACACUCAAAGAAAAAAUACUAUUUUUGAUGUGAUUUGUCAACUUUUAGAAUAAAGCAAAUAAACUUCCA